AUGAAGACCUCUGUGUCUCAGACUCUGUGUCCAGAGUGUGAUGAAGUCCUCUCUGUCUCAGACUCUGUGCGGCUGGUUGGAGGCUCUGGUCUCUGCUCUGGAUCACUGCAGAUAUGGGACCAGUCCUGGAUCUCGGUCUGUGAAGGGGCCUUGGACCUGCGGGGAGCAGAGGUGCUGUGCAGGGAGCUGGGCUGCAGGGGUCCUUCUGUCCUCCAGGGGGAGCUCUCUUCUCUGGGGCAGACGUUCCACUGUGAGGGCCAUGAGUCUGCUCUGAUGGACUGUCCCCGCUCCAGACCCAAGACCUGUCCCUCUGGACCCAGUGAGGACGUCAUCUGCUCAGCACCGGAGCCGCUCAGGCUGGUGGGAGGGGCCAGUCGCUGCGCCGGGACAGUGGAGGUCAGACACAGAGGAGAGUGGAGACGAAUGAGGAAGAGAGGAAACUGGACCGAAGAGGAGUCAGCUGCUGUGUGCAGAGACCUGGACUGUGGCUCUGCUGUUUCUGGACGUCAGAGAGAUGGUUUUCCAGUCAGUCCUUUGUGGGGGAUCUCAGCUGACUGCAUGAAGAGGAGGAAGACUAAAGUGAGAGAAUGUGUUUAUGACUACACUUUCUUCUCCUCGUCUGGUGUGGAGGUGAUGUGUUCAGACUUACUGAACCGUCCAGUCCUGUCCCUCUCUGUGAUUGUGGGGGCCUCCCAGGUCCAGGACUCCCAGGUCCAGGACUCCCAGGUCCAGGACUCCCAGGUCCAGGACUCCCAGGUCCAGGACUCCCAGGUCCAGGUCUCCCAGGUCCAGGUCUCCCAGGUCCAGGACUCCCAGGUCCAGGACUCCCAGGUCCAGGACUCCCAGGUCCAGGUCUCCCAGGUCGGGGUGCAGGUGGUGCGUGUGCAGUUGGGGUCUCAGUUCUCGGUCCAGUGCUCGGUGAAGCCUCAGUUCCCAGGAGGCUCCUUCCAGCUGCUCUCUCCCUCUGGGAACCACACCCUGCCUGCUGUCAAUCACUCUGCACACUUCCUGUUCAAUCACACUGGCCCCGCCCACAAAGGAGACUACACCUGUGUUUACCACCUACAGGUGUUCAACCGCAGCUUCACCUCCGAGAGCGAGAGACUGGAGCUGAGGCUGGGAGUUUUAACGUCUGACCUGAUCAUCAGAUUCCUGAUUAUUCUACUGAUAAUCCUCCUGUUCACCCUGCCACAGUGCUACUUUUACUACAAGGUUAAGUCCAGAAGAGGCGCUAGUGAGACACAUGAGACCAUGAUCCUGAUGAAUGAGGUCAUCACAGAAGAGGAGAGAGGAGGAGACGGACCAGGAGAGGAGAGAGGAGGAGACGGACCAGGAGGAGAGGAGAGAGGAGGAGAGGGAGCAGGAGAAAUGAGUGCAGUGUAA